AUGCGGGAUAAGCUUGGCUUUCUCACGCCGUUCGGAAUGAGCAGCAGUACGGUGUAUCGCCUGCGUCCACCAGCACCUCAGACGACUCGGUUGGUACUGAAACAAGCCGACAUCACUCGCGAAGCAGUUGAUGCGAUCGUCAAUGCUGCGAACGAGCGCAUGCUAGGAGGUGGUGGCGUUGACGGCGCCAUCCACCGAGCUGCUGGUAAAGAGCUACUGGAGGCUUGUAAGCGGGUACCCGAAAAGCGUCCUGGUGUGCGGUGUCCUACUGGUGAAGCGGUUCCAAUAAAGAUCACAUGGCCUGUUUCCGAGGGGAACUUGCCUCAGGUGCGCUAUAUCAUAAACACGGUGGGACCGAUUUACCAGAACGCGGAGAAGAGUGCGCCACUUUUGCGCUCGGCGUAUCGUAACUCCCUUCUCACAGCAAUCGAGCACAACUGUCGAUCAAUUGCUUUUCCGACGAUAUCUUGCGGCGUGUAUGGAUAUCCUCUUCGAGAGGCCGCUCGAGUUGCACUCGAGGCAGUACAAGACACGCUCGGGGAAUCACCGCAGCAGUCGUUGCAAGAGGUGCGUUUCUGUCUAUUCAGUGAGGACGCCUUGAAGACGUGGACACUGGCUGCUGAGCAGCUUCAACUGGAACGCGUGAAAGAAGGCGCUUCAUAG